AUGGUUGAAGCAGAUGUCACUGCCGUACAGGGUCUCACGUCUCCCUUGCAGCUGGUGACGUCAACAGAGCCUGGGAAGGCGAUACGGCACACCAUCUCCACGAUUGUGGACGGCAUACCGGCAUUGCUCAAGGUACUGGAUAUUGUCGCCAAGAGUCAUCCCUUCAUUGCAAUUGCCGUCGGCGCAUUCCGAGUUGCAGUCGAGCUUGAUCUCAAACGGAGGGACAAUGACAAAAAGAUCUCGCUGCUUUUCGUGGAAAUGAGGGACAUGAUGGCUGUGCUUGUGCAGCUCAAAGAUGUCAACAGAGACAAGCGUGCGGGAGACGAUAACACGACUAUUUCUGGUCGUAUGCAGCACCUUGUCGAGAAAACCGAGCAGGACAUCAGGAAGUGCGCUAACGCAUGCAACGCAUAUGCCAAGAAGAAUAUUCUGUCAAAGGUCGUACACAGCUCGGCCUGGGAUGGCGAGUUCAAGGGAUACAUACAAGGAUUCACGACUCGGCGUGGCGAGUUUGAAUUUGCGCUGUCAAUCUACAUCGGGCGCGCGGUGAACAAUGUGACCGACAAGCUCGUGAGCAUGGAGGAGAAGUGCGCAUUUGUUCUUCUAAUGGACCGUGUCCUUCGUUAUCUCGACGCGUGCACAUCCCCAGAGGAGCGAGAGCUUGCGAGGCAAGUGGACCUACGAGGCGGUCCACAAGCAGUCAUGCAGGACGAGAAGCUCCUCAAGGAGGUGUCCGAGUACCGAACAGGACCAUCCGGUUCUGAUCGCAAAGCUCGCACGAAAGGCGUUGUGGAUGAGUUCAAGGCCCUUCAGACUGAUCUUCAAACCGAUGUCCAGACGUCGAUCCACCAAAACAUGGAGCAGUUCCAGGCGAAGUUCCUGGUACAGCAACGAGAGCUCGAGGAGCAAAUGCGGCGGGCAAUGCAUCGCGAAGGUGACCGCAUCAUCGACGCGGUCAACGCUGGACCUCAUGACAAAAUCAUUGAUCCAGACAUCCACGAGAUGUGGAAAGAAAUGCGUUGGCGUGGAAGCGUUAAGGACCGACACUUCGUGCUUGCGCUCCGCGAAUACUUCCGUGAGAAGCUUGAUCAGCUCAAGAAGACGAAUGACAGUGAGACGCCCUCCGUGCCAAGCCAUCGACUGAGCGAAGAGGACGAAUGGAGCAUGGAAUACAUCCACAUCACCCGAGUCCAGCCCAUCAUCGAGGCCUUCGAUGAUGACGGCUCUGGCUUCAUCACUGUUCAAGAGGUUAAUGCAUUCACGACGGCUCGCCCCAAGAAUUGGAGUCUCCUACAUUGGCUCGCUUAUUGGGCUGUCGGCUUCCAGACGUCGAUGAGCGACUACGCAGCGAAGAUUGACGUCUUACUGGCUAAGAUGUUCUCCCUCAAGCGAUACGCUCUGCCCACGAACCGGAACGCUAUAGAACAGUAUCUAGGGACCGUAUGGACUCGCAUCUCCACCCUCACCGCGGCGUUUCGCCGUGUGGAAGUGGAUGAGGCGCUCUUGCGCAAAUUCGAGGACUAUACCGAGUCAGAAGAAGAUCGUCUGCUACGAAACUUGGAGACAGUCAAGUACGACAUCGAUGCGCGAGACACCCUCGAGCUGAUACGCGGCCCUGGUCGAGUCGAAAAGCAUUUGUUUCCUUUGCUUUACUUGCUCCUGAAGCGCGAUUUUGAGAUAAUGCGACUUGCACGCACGCAGUGUCUCCAUGUGGAUGAGCUGUUCGACUCGAUGUCCACAGUCAUGUGGGUAAUGGAGGCUGUCAACGAACGUCAUGAUAGCCUUGCAGAUCUGUUCAAGCAACAGAAGCUAGACCCUGCUCAGCAAUUCAAGAUCUUCGCUUUUGAGAUGUUCAAGUAUUGGCAUGACGAGACAGAGAUCUGGUCGAUGAAACGGCUCAAAGAAGCCAAGUUCCUCGAAGUCCCUUACGACGACAGUCUGGAGGCUCAAGGUGUUCAGCCCGCGAGCGUCAUCAAUUACCCUCUAAGAAGCGUUGAAGAGCUCCUCAGUACACACGAAUCUUGGCUCUGUUCAAGCAAAUAUUGUCCACAUUUGGUCAGCGCUACAACUAUUUUCCUUCGCAGAUUGGGUCAUUGGUCUGGCUUCUGCGCAAAGGAUGAUCUGUAUCCUUCGCAAGCGAUGUUCUCUCUCGAUCUACACGUUUGCCCUAACAACCCGAAGCAGUUCCAAUGCAAUGGAAUUGCGCCUAAUGGUACGGACUGGAGCCUCACAGGAGACUACACCAUUAUGGAGGGAGGGGUAGUGCAGUACAACUUCAGCGUCCGAUACGUCGCCCGUUUUGCCACCCAGCACUUCUCCGGUCGGCUCGACGAACACGGGUCGACGCUGUCCGGUACCUGGGGUUUCGAUGACAAGCCAUUCGUGUUCUACUUCAAGCGUCUUCCUUCCGAGCUGAUGCGCUUCUAUCCCUCUCCUGCGGAGCUUGCGAGCAAUAAGGCUCGAGCGCUGUGGCACUUCGCGACUUCCGCCAUUCACGCGCAGGUACAGCGUGACAUGGGUUCAUGGAAUUGGCUCCAGGAACGCUGGCAGAGGGGAAAGCGCUACGUUGAGCUCACCGUUCGCCGGGAGUUCUACCAACUCACCUCAGAGGAAACCGCCGACCUCGCCAGAUGCCAUCGCAUCAUGACACCGGAGGAGGCUGGCUUGUACCAAAUAUUUAGAGACCUGCGCGAGAGAGCGAUUCCAAUGCACACCUUGAUACACUGUGCAGCAUGCGGAGAUAACAUCAGAGGCAGCCGCGUUACAUGUCUCUGCUGCGGGAUGAAGACUACAAUCGACCUGUGCGACAAGGAGAGCUGCCUCGCCUCAGAGAUCGGGCUAGAUGCUCGUGAUGACCUCACCUCACCUCAUCUUCCUUCGCACGAAAUGUUCAAGAUGAGAAGGGCGAUCCAUCCUUUCCGCGAGUUCGGAGAGAUGUACCGCGCCGCACAGUCCGCCCUGAAGACAGCACGUCAGGUCUUCGCUGCCACUUCUGCGCAGCAGGCUGGGGCUAGCGUCGAGAACGGGUCACCGCAAUGCGUGAAGUGUGGUGAGCGCGCCUCGAUGCCGUGCUGGUAUUGUAUUGAAUGUGAAGCUAAGCUCAACGCCCGUAUUGAGACGCUAGAGGAGAAUAUCAAAGAAAUGGACUACAAGAUGCAGGGUGGAUUCGCUACAGUGGACGAGAGGAUUGCGGUUGAACAGGAGCAACUUCGGAACAGGAUGGACGAGCGGCUGCAUGCUCUCUCCAUGGUUAUGGACGAUCGACUGCAACGGCUGUCUGGGAGGAUGACAUCUCUAGACGAGCGGUUGGAGCGCAUCGAGGGUUUGCUUCUCGUCCUCGGGCAGAGGUUCUCCUCUCCUGGCUUUGGAGAUGGAUGGUUAUUUCAGGCCGCGGCGUCCUCCCAAAUCCACGUGCGCCAGUCCUCCUGGCAAGGUACACGAGCUGAUAGUCUCAACUACACCCCCGAGGCGGAAAGCGAGUUCUCUGCGUGGGUGAGGCGGAUGAGGAGAGCGGGUUGA